AGUGUGACACGAUGACGCGAGCGACGCAGGUUCAGUCAGUUCCAGUUCUGCCAGUGAGCGUCCGUCAGCUCAACGAAACCAACGCGCAAUAUACGGAGCUUCGUUCGGUUAAGUCAGUCGCUAAUGCGCCGCCGGAACGCGAUCAUCGCGAUAGCGUGUAGGAACUAAAAGGAACUACGAAUAGUAACGUAAGCGAAAGCAACCGAUUACGCGCGGGACCGUUUUAUCAGCUGAUACGCGCCACGGGGUGUUAACGAGGGUUGAGCCUGUUGUGAAGUUUUGAGUGUCACUGUUGUUGAUGUUAGGUGAAACAAAUAAGAAGUUGUUGUCAUUAUCACAAAUGAAAGGUGAUUUGUCAAUUUUACUGUGCUUGUUGGGUUUGGUGACGACUAGAAGAAUUGCCGAUGCAGCUGACACAAAAUAAAUGCCUCGUUGAUUGUAACAUAUGAUAUGCUAAUGCUUGACAGAAACAAGAUAUAGCUUUGUUGCUGCUCGAUCCUCACCCCAGUAAGUGAUUGUUACUCGCAAACUUAAUGGUAAAUGUAUCCGCGUGUCUCGAAAUUCAAAACCAUGUGCAGGAAAUCAAGUUAUGAAAAAUACGAAUCUCUACGAAUUGCGCUGUAAACGAUUCGGUAAUGGAACGCCAACCGUAACAUCAUCACUCACAUCAUUUGUCCGACUAGGGAAGAUUUCAGUUUUACGUUGGCGUAGGUGGAGGCGUUGAUUGAUGAUUACCUCCCCUGCUGAGCACCGAUAGAUAUGGCCAUCGUCGUCAGGGAUUGGUACCGGGAAAGCCGGUCUCGGAAUGUUUCGCGAAGAUCACCAUCGUUGCUACGACAACAAACGCAACGGGCGCGAUCGGAUCGCACCGUAGUUCAUAGACGAGGCGGCCGUUUCAUCACCUCUGUGGGGUAUCGAUCAAGAUUUCACAUCAUGCUGUGUCUGCUCGUUACACAGCUCCUGGCAGACACCUACGGAGCGGAAUUCAUGACAGCAGGAAUCGCCGGUGGAGGUCACCCGGUUAGCAUUAAUACGCCCCAGCAGCAGGACCAAAACUCCUCUUCAUCCGAAUCCUUCAUGGGAGCCGAUUCAGAUCGAAUGAAUCUUACGACCUCAUCAGUCAUCAAUAAUAGUAACAGUAGUAGUAGUAGUAGUAGAAGUAGCAAUAGUAGUAAUAGUAGCGAUAGUACAACCAACACUAACCAAAGAAAGCAACAGCAGAACCAGGCAAGUGCCAAGGAGGCUUUUGGGCUGACCUGGAAUGCAUUGAAGUACGUUAAUAAAGGAGAACUGGGGAAGAAACGGUUCGAGAAGAAAUCGGUCGUUGUGACCCCGCAGCAGCAACCACUGGAUAUGGGCAAUUGGCAAUGUCCGAACAUUAGCCAGAAUGCUAACCUGGAGUGUGGCUGUGAUUUGCCUCAUACUUUACGAUGUCGAGGCGAUCUACAUGGACUAGAACUGAUAGCGGAAGGUCUACGAGCAUCCAGGUAUUCCGUUUCCCUGCUAGACUGCACAUUAAAAAAUGUUACCGUCCUGAGCGAUGCAAAUAUUUUCGAGAAUAUCUCACUACAAGGCCUAGUCAUCUCAUCCGGUGAGAUUAAACGAGUUCACAGAAUGGCAUUUGCUGGCAUCAAAAGCUCAUUGCAAGCACUAGGGCUUCCGAACAAUGCCCUAGUAGGAGUUCCGAUGCAGUCGUUAGCAGCAAUUUUUCACCUAGACCGACUAGAUUUAUCGAAUAACAAAAUCAAAUCCCUUCAAAACACAGAUUUCCUAUCACUUUCAAAACUUUCCUACCUCGAGCUGGGCGAGAAUCAAAUCUCAUACAUUGCCCCGAAAAGUUUUAUGCCGCUAAGAAAUCUAAUCCAUCUGAAGUUAAAUGGUAACAGAUUGGGAGAAGCGCCGGAAAGUAUAAAAGCUCUCGAGCCCUGCCUGAACCUUCGAGAACUUGAUCUGCGCUCCAACACCAUCCGAGGUCCUUUGAAAAACACGACCCUACCCGUUAUCAAAGGCCUGGAAGUACUCAACCUAGACAAGAACUCUAUCACCAGCAUUCAGAAUGGUGCUCUCGAAGGUCUAGCCUACCUGCAGAUGCUUUCUCUUCGCCACAACCAAAUCGACGUUUUACAAGAUCACGCCUUCUCCGGGCUUGCCUCGCUACAGGUCCUAGAUCUCGGCCACAACGGCAUCGUAGCAAUAUCCGGUUCAUCCCUGAAGCACCUUCCAAGGCUUAUAGUUCUAGAUUUGACACACAACUUCCUGCGAGCGUUGACAUCCGAUAUCGUCUCACCUUUACCUUCGCUGAAGGAACUCCGCUUGGAUGGGAACGACAUUUCGAUUAUCGCUCAAAAUGCUCUGUUCAAUGCAUCAUCCCUGCAUAGCCUUUCACUGGAGAACAAUCCGCUCACCUGUGACUGUACGAUGAGACCGUUUGUCGAGUGGCUAUCGACCGCUAGGAUAGCGUCGCAGGAUGUCCUGGGUGCGGUUUGCGCUACCCCACCGCAUUUGGAAGGAGCGUCUCUGUUGCAGGUCACAGUCGAUGCAAUGAAAUGCAAUAUCAAUGGAAAGGACAAAAUCGACCAAAGCACUUUCCAAACCAUUGAGGUUAUGUUGAAGCUAAAGAACAAUCAAUCUUUCAUACGUGACAUCAGCGGUGACGUUCAGCUUAAGGGGGUUAAUUUUACCGACGAAAGUGACGUCUAUCUCCGAUGGCGACUGCAGACGGAUGAGUACUCCUGUCGCUACGUGUACGUGUUUCAUGAUGACGACCCGGAGAAUAUAUUGUACAGUUCGGAGGCGAUUUGUAAUCAAGCUUCGGAAAUGGCCAACGAUACGGAUUACGACUUUGUUACCAAACUGGUUGGAGCAUAUGACCUGCAAAGUGAAUUCAGUUACAAAUUCUGCCUCAUAAUGAAAGAAGACAUCUCCAAGGACGAAUAUCUGGGCGUUUGUCAGGUAGCGACGCUUCCCGUUUCAGUUCCAAUUCGAACAAAGAGCAAAUCGAUCAAAAAGGAACUAGUCCAGUUAAACGCUCCCCAAAGUCCUCCAACAUCCCGGACAGCAGCGAAAGAAUCGGACAUUUCCGAUCUAAGCCGCAUUGCCGACGGUGACCGACAGGAUGACGACACGGAUGAAGCCGGAUCGUACUACGACGAAAUGCUUGGCGGUAUCGACCAAGCAGGCAGCGAUUCCGAUAUGGAGGCGUUGCACCGAAUGCGACUUGAGGAAGCAGCAGCCGCUAAGUUACCCUCCGUGGGAGUCAGCAGGGCGGUUUUAGAAGGCCUGGGAGCGUUUAUCAUCUUGACCAGUGUGAUGGCUUUCAUCUGGGGUUUCAUCAGGCUAAAAAGUGGUCACCGGAAUAUGCCCUCGAUGAGUACAUGCUACACGGUGGAUGAACGACGUGGGACCUUACACGAAAUCGAGAGCCGCAGUCGAUAUUUUAAACUGCAGGCCACCACCAGCUUAUGAUCGGGAGAUUUAUGGGGUAUCUGGAGGGGAUUUCAUACUAACAUUCCUAACUCGACGCAAGCAGGAUCAUCGAGGUCGAGCUGAUCGCCAUACUGUAAACUAUGUCAAAUUUAUGACCCGGUGUUUCAACUGAAAGGCUAUUUAUUUUUCCUUAGUUGGCUUAACUUGUGUGUAAAUAUUUUCUUACUGUAAAUACACCUCGGAUAGUUUGUUCAUUUUAAUUUCACACCGAUUGUUAAUAGUACUUCAUUAGAACUAAAUUCCUAGGAACCUCUUUAACAGUUUGUUAACACUAAACUUCCAUUACUGCUUGUGCCAUUAUUCGAACCAGUUGUUGUAAAUUACAAAAUAAACGAUUAUUACAUGA